UCUUGCUCUAGUGUCCUAGGUCUUCGUCUUGUGUCUAGUGUCGUUACAUGUCGACUUGAUUGCAUAGAAUCGACUUGUUUGCGAAUCAUUGAAUAACGUAUGUAAAUUUUAGUGCUAUAACGUAUACAUAUAUAAAUAUAUAUAUUUUUUUAUUUUUUAAGUGCAAUCAAAUGUCUUAUAUUUCAUCUGUUAUCAUGACACAAUUAAAUGAUAUUGUAAAUACAGUAUAGAAAAUAUACAAAAAUGUUGUGAAACUCGAAAUAUCAUUUCUUUAUAUAUAUUUUCAUCACGGCUAGAUUAUGGAGGAGCAUAACGGGUGUAAAAAGAAAAAAAUGGAUCAGUCUAAGGAUAAAAUUCCAUCACGACGCAAACGCAAUCUAAUGCGAAAUUUCAUGCAUCGUGAUAUUGGAAUUGGUACCAAAGGUAGUGCCAGUACUAAAUCAUUUGAAUUUCUUGCUGAAACAAAUUUAGUUCUUAAAGACCAUGAGGAAAUGAAAUGCAGUAUUCCUGGAUCACCACGAGCAACUUUUCUUAUGGUCUUCAGUCCAGACGGAACAAAAGUUGCAUCAACACACGGAAAUCACAACGUCUGUAUAACAGAUCUAACGACGGGAAAAAAUAUAAAAACAUUGACAGGCCACCCACGGACACCCUGGUGUAUAGCAUUUCAUCCUUCAAGUGAAUUAGUUGCGACAGGAUGUCUCGCAGGACAAGUGAGAGUAUGGGAUCUGCACGGUGGCAGUGAAGUUUGGACAUCUUCCCACCCAGCAGUGAUAGCGUCAUUAGCUUUUCAUCCAUCAGAGCGGCUGUUAAUAAUAGCAACUCACAAUCAAAUUCAUUUCUGGGACUGGCGUCAUUCCAAACCGUUUGCUGUCGCGUCAACACGAAGUGAUAAGGAGAAAGUACGUUUCGUUGCAUUUGAUAGAUUGGGAAGAAAACUAAUUACCGGAAUAGCGAAUACUCUUCACACACAGUCGCAGUGGGAUCGCGCGCCAUUCGAUCAAGCUUACAGACGACUACUGAGACCUGACUAUCGAGCGCCAUUUGAACGAACUGACCUCAGUUCAUCUUUAGGUAACAACACUGAGUCAUACAGAAUACCUUUGGUAAAUAUUUGGAAUAAUUUAAACAAUCGUCGUGUGCAAGAAUUGACUCAAAAUAUGCACCCAAUCUCCAGAACUAUUGAUGAAGUGUUCAUGGCAACAAUCAGACGAAACUCCUCCCGAGUUAAUCCAGAUGAGGAUUAUUUUACGCGUCACACCUCGCUGCGUAAUUAUUUAAGGGAUAGAUCGCUAGCAAGAUCUGUGGCGAGACUUCACUCGCGGAUUGACGAUAAUGGUAACGUUGAGUCAAACAAUCGUGAUAAUGCAUCGUCAGUCUAUCAGCAAGGCAACGUGACGAUUGAAGUGCGACGUAAUAGUUUUUUGCCGCAUAACAAUGAAACAUUGGGACCUCAACUAACCGCAAGACAACGUCUUCUAGCUGAUCCAUCAUCAGGUUACGACAUAAGUAUACUGAGACACUUGUCAACAUUUCGCACAGUACCUCAGUCAAUGCUUGAAGAUAUUUACUAUGAAAUAGAUCGUAAUCGAAAUGGAUUAAGUACCGCACGUCAUUAUUUUUCGUUUGCUCCACGUGACGCUCGCUGGCGCGAGUUAGCCGAGGCGGGUCAACUUCCUCCCGUCCCGACUAUGUCAUUAUCAACGUCACCGUCAUCAUCAAAUGCUCCACCUACUCCACGACGACUAGCUGAAGAUAAUCGUACUGAUUGUGAUAGACAGUUAAUUUAUCUGUGGGCAGAGCUACAAUUGAAUCAACUGUACAGAAAUCUUAUUGAUCAAUAUGAAAUUCUAGUCAAUGCAUUCUUUGAUCCAUCAGCCAGCGGUCAAGAUGGAGGCGAUUCUAUUGUCAGAAGUUUUCUUCCCGUCUUUGAACGAACAAUUGCUGACAGAACGCAACGUCUGAGUUAUAUUUUACGUGUCAAUCAGCUUCCAACUUCUUGUGAUCAUGUCGCCUUGGCAUUUCAGCAUUUACGUCGUCAACGUGCUCUUGGCAGCUUGUGGGCAUUGCGUAGAGCAAUACACGACACAGCUGCUAAUAAUUCAAAUUAUUUAUCAAGACUACGUAGUUUACGUGUGAGAUUAGAAGUACAAGCGACGGAAUUGUCAAGUCAGACACGCCCUAGAAUGCGUAACCAGGUAUUUCGAGCAGCUCUGAACAAUGAGUUGCGUGAGUUAAGAAAUUUAGAGAGUCAAUUUCACAUGGCUAAUUCUAGAAUCGGCCAGCUGAGACAAUUGUUCUUUCAACUAUCAUUAAGGCCACUGCAACCUUUCCGUUCCUCGCCUGUCAAUAACGCCGAGAGGCCAAUUGAUUGGGAAAAACUUAAUCGAUUGAUCGGAAUACCGCCAGAUGUUAUUUCGCUGUACGACAGAAAUUCCCGAGCUGACUGCAAUUCAUCACCGACAUGGCAAAAUAAUGAAUCACGUCACCCUGACAAUAGCUCGUCAAGAACAGCUGGUACCUCGUCAAACAAUAUUCAAUCUGGUAGACGUAAUCCGGGUACUUCAAACAGACGUCUUUUUGAACCGAGUCCUAACAGCGACGGUGGGGACGAAGAACCGCCACGUAGAAGAUUACGCAGAGAUGAUGAUGAUGAUAGUACUGGACCACGUAGUGAGAUAAGAAAUAAUGGCCAUUACUCUGCGGAAGCAACAGCUGAUAACUCAACGUCUAGUGAAGAAGGACAAUUUACUCAAGUACCACAUCCUGUCUUAUCUGUAUUCACUAUCUCGUCACGUUCAGCCUUUCAGCCCAGUGUUCCACGUAAUACCGUUCAAAAUCAAAGUCAAGAUACUUCCAAUAAUGCCCAGUCACGUCAGCCAAAUGCUAAUCAAGGGGCUUCACAGCCACCACCGGCUCCACCGUUGACAGCACCAGCACCAGCAGCAUCAUCAGCAAUGACAGCAUCCGCGACAGCAAAUAAUGAAAACUUUCGAGACGAUCCUGUGUGGAUGGCACUUAUGAUCACCGCUAGAUUGCAUAGUUUGCAACAAAACAAUGGAGCUAAUGACUCGAAUAAUUCUAGUACUGAAAACACUACUACCGUUCCAAGCACAUCAAGAUUAGGGACCAGAGAAAAUGAUGAUAAUCCUAAUGAUGCUCAAGAAAGUGAGCUGCUGUUAAAUGAGGAUGAAUUUAUGGAAGUAGAUGACGUUGGCUUUGGUGAAGAAGACGAGGAAGAAGAAAAUGAUUCACGCGCUACUGAGACACGUCAAGUUGAGGAGGAAGAUAUUAAUCAAGAGGAUGUUGAAGAACCAGAGGUCGAGGAAGAUGAAGAGGAGGAAGAAGAGGAAGAAGAUGAUGAAGAUGCUGAUGAUAAUGAAGAGGCUAGAAUAAAUAGUAGUUCAGCACCACCAGGAGUUGUUUGUUUCUCCUUAGCAGGAGUUAGUAGAGAAGAAGAAGUACAGAGUUCUAAUGCUGCAGAAUCCAGCAGACCGAGACUAUCUCGAUACUUAGCUUCCACGUCAAGAGAUUCAAAUAAUCAGUCAUCUCGUAAUGUUGAAGAAGAAGAAAAUACAGCAGAGCAAUCGGAAAUUGGUUACUGGUUACUUCAAGAGAACAGUAAUCCUGAUUCAAAUCAAGACAAUGACGCGGGAACUAGUUCAAAUUCAACACCUCUACGUUGGACAAGUCGUUGGAUUCGCACGGGUCCUUCCAACCGUCCAACAGAACCUGAAACCGCUAGAAAUACUUCACCCCGCACUCCUCUGUCUCCAUACUCAGCGACGGCAACUCGGUAUGAACAGCCGCCGCUAUUUCCAUUCCGAAGUCUUCGUGACCAACAACGACGCGAUGAAGAACAAAGAAGAAAUUCAAAUGAAUCACGCAACACUGAAGAUUCAAGCCACAGAGACUCUGUUAUUAAUUUACCAGCUCCACAAUUAGAAACUGGUAAUCACCUUUCUACAUCAUCAGCAGUACCACCUCAAGAAUAUGCGUUUUCAAAUCCAUCAUCUCCACAAUUAGAUACUCCUGUAACUGUGCCAACUACUACGGAACCACUUGAUAGAACUUAUCCAUCAACAUUAUCAGCUCCAGCUACUAAUAGUGUGCUAGCUAGCAUCAGUCUUUUAUCAGAUAAUCUUGAGAGAUCAAUAGAUCGUCGUUUAAGAUUAUUCACUCAUGGUAAUGCGCAUACAACCACAUUUAGAGAAUUGGAAAAUUAUUCCCGUGAUGUACAUGAAAUAUGUGAUAUUUUACGUAACAACAACAACAACAACAACAACAACAAUAAUGAUAAUAAUAAUAAUAUUAAUAAUAAUAAUAAUAAUAACAGUAAUAGAAAUCAAUCAGAAUCAUCAUCAAGACCAACAGGAUCACGGAUUUAUCCACAAUUACCUGAACUACGACGUCAUAUGUAUGGAUAUCAGCAAGAAAGAUUCAAAUGGACAGCAUUGCUCCAGGAAUUACGAUCACUCCAUUCUCGAAAUAACGAACCACGAACUACAAAUGAUAAUCCAGUAGCUUCAACAUCACGUGAUAUGCAUGACUCGCCUUCUGUCGAGCGAUUGCGAAAUUUCAAAAAAGCUUUAAUACAAAAUUAUGAACGUCAGCAUGGCGGAUCAUCAUCAUCAUCAGCAGCAGGACCAUCGUGGUUGUCAAAUCAACGUACCACGACACAAAACGACUCAAAUAGAACUAGCGGAGAGGCUACUCCAGUAUUUACUCCAGAACAAUACAAUAUGCUUGAAGAGCUGUCAAAUUGUAUACCACAAGAGUAUGAGGCUGAUAAUAUAUUUUAUCAAAAUUUCCUUGAUAUUUUAGAUGGUCGUGACUACAGACCUACUUCUAGUUCAUAUUCAAACUCGACCAGUGAUCACACCUAUUCAAAUUUAACAAUGAGAGACAUGGACAGUUCGACAGAGUCACCGACAAUGUCUAGUUUAGCGCAUCGUCUUAUGAGCAAAUGGACUCGAUUGAGCUCCAGCGCAGAUCCUUCAUCCUCGUUGGGUGACAACGGCUUGCCAAGUACCGAAGUUCGACGCAUAACACCUGGAAUCGCUGAGUACAUUCGUAUUAGAACUUACGCCCGUGAUUACUUCGAUCAAGAGGACGACAUGCGGCUGCUGCGUUGCGUCCUCCGAGGAUUGGACUCCAAUUUGCUAACCUUCUGUAGUAACUUGACGUACUACGUACACGGCACGGCAUCAAGAGGUAGAAAUAAUCCGCGAAAUCGCUGCACAAUGCUAUGGAUUGCAUCAACGAGGCACAAUUUGAUGGAUGCAUUUGAAAAAGUCCGGACCACACUAGACAAAAUAAAUGAAAAUGGAGCUUACGAGAGACUUUGUUACAUAUACGUUAUCAUUCGCUUAGCUUUGGAAUUGAUAGACGUAGUGUUAGCGCAGUCUAUUGUUAUGUAUUCUGAAUCAAGCGAUAUUUCACGUGCGUCAGAGCGUCGAGGUGCGAGACAUGACCAAGCCUCAGCGUUAGGACCAAUAGCCGACGUUUCUGUGGAUGAAUUUAGAAGACAAGAAUUAGCACGUGGUAGUCCGAGGGCCAUAAGUUUACUUGAUAACGCAGAAGGUUUACCAAUGCCCCGUUUGCUUAUUUUAGAUUAUCACAGAAUGGCUGGACGACUGGAAAGAUUAUUUCCAAACUCAGUGAUCUAUCAAAAUCAAAAUAAUAAUAAUAAUAAUAACAAUAAUAUCUUUACGCCUACACCGUCAACUUCUACUGCCAAUGAUUCUCCAAGACUGGGAAGAAAUACGGGUACUGCAUCUGAAAGCAGUACUCUGUCUGCCGAGCUGCAAAGUAUCAUUGAGAGGAUUCAAAAUAAUGUUAAUUCACUGUCUGGUAUCGUUGAUGAUACUCGACUGUCUGAACCAACAAAUUCUACUACCACAGCAACAAAUAACAGUAGCAGUAAUAAUACCAGUAGUAAUAAUAAUACGAGAGAGUACCCGAGGGUACGACAUUACCCCCGACCAAUGCGUCUGCCAGAUGACGAUAUACUGAGAAGAAUAAGACGUCUGAGUGCAACAAUUUUACUAAAUCGGGCAUCAUCACGGCUAAGAUUUUGGCAGCCAUCAACAGAGCCAACCUGGUCACCACCAAUACGUCGUAUCACGUCAUCUCGAGACGCACCACGUCAACAAUAUUACAACGUACCAGUUGUGCAGGUGAACAACGUCCCUGUAAGUGACUUUAAUAAUUUGCCAGGUCAUCGUGAUAAUGUACUGAGACUUCCGCCAACUUCGUAUGAAACUCCGCGGCGUAUAAUCACGACGAGAAUUCAAAGACAAAAUGCCGUUCAGUCCGACUCGUCAAACUCAUCAUCGUCACAAAACUCUGACCACGCGGUACCUGAGUUCGCCUCACCACCAAGUGAGUCUGUAAGAGGUUUUCCGUGGGCACCGAUGAUUAGUCUGAAUGAAAUAGCACGCGCACGAUUUCCAGGACUCGUUACAGCGACUGGUUUGGCUGCCGAGGCGGCUGGUGGACGUGGUGAGGGUCAAGAACCUCCAUCCAAUGACGAUAAUGAUGACGUUGAAAUCAGAACAGAACAUGUCCCGAUGUUCUUCCACGGACUGGAGUUGCAGAGCUAUCGGGUCCAAGCUUGGGACUUUUCAGAUGGCAAAAUACCGGAUAUCAGAGAUUCUGAGAAAAAUGUUGUUGUACGUGAGUGCAAGAUUCAUAAUGACGCAAACAUUGAUAUUUCAUCAGACGGAAAAUAUUUGGCAACUUUGUUGCCAUCCGGACGAAUUCAUAUGUCAACAACAAUAGGAGUCUACAGUCUCGAUUGGGAGACUCUGGGCAAGCGGUUGCACUCAACAAAAGUGGAUCAAACAGUAAUAUCUCUGUCAAUAUCACCAACCCACGGACAUUUAUUAGUUGGCCUAGCGUCUCGUCGCGUCCAUGCACCCUCGAGACCCUUUCCCAUGGCAUUAAUCUACAAGUUUAUCGACCGUCCCGCGGAGGAGGAUAACGCGGAAAAAGAGACGAGGACACCAGAGGCCCGCGAAGAUGAAGUACUCGAUCAAUACAUGCCAUACAGUUUUGAAUCUUACGUUCCCGCAUUCCUACGGAAUUCUCGUGCCCACUCAAAUCGCUACUCCGGGCGUACCGACGAAGACCAAAAAGACAGUCAGAAAUCAAUGGUGCUUUUGCGGGAACUCCAGCAGGUAAAUCGCGAGACUGCUGGAUACAUGAGUUUAAAUUGCAUAAGAUGGGUACCGCAAGCUGGUCAAGGAAUUAUUUAUGCAACCAAUACUGGUCAACUUAAUAUUCUUCAUUGAUUCCUAUUUAUAUUUAACUACAAUUACCAUGAUAACAUUAUUAAUAA